AUGGCACUCAAGCUUUAUGGUCUUGCUAUGUCCACCAACACCACCCGUGCCAUGGUCUGUCUCCAUGAGAAAGAGGUUGAUUUUGAGCUUGUUCCAGUCAAUGUGUUCGCCAAAGAGCAUAAACAGCCUCCUUUUCUCUCCAAAAAUCCCUUUGGUUUGAUUCCAGUGCUUGAAGAUGGUGAUCUCACUCUCUUUGAAUCCAGAGCAAUUACCGCAUAUGUAGCUGAAAAAUUCAAGGAAGCAGGACCUGAUCUGAUUAGGCACAAGGACGUAAAAGAAGCUGCAUUGGUAAAGAUGUGGACAGAGGUAGAGUCUCACUACUACGACCCAGUAGUCUCCCCCAUUAUCUAUGAAUACUUCGUGGCUCCAUUUGAAGGCAAAGAACCCAACAAGUCAGUGAUUGACACUAACGUUGAGAAGUUGAAGAAUGUGCUUGAUGUGUACGAGGCCAAGCUGAGCAACACCAAGUACCUUGCUGGGGACUUUUAUAGUCUUGCUGAUCUUAGCCAUAUCCCUGAAACUCACUAUUUUAUGCAGACCCCUUGUGCUUCAAUGAUCAAUGAUCGACCCCAUGUUAAGGCUUGGUGGAUGGAUAUCUCUUCUAGGCUUGCUUUCAAUAAGGUUGUGGGAGGUAUGACUUUUGGUCACAUAUGA